UUGCAUCACUUCUUUUCUUUCAGGAUUCAUCAUCAACGAACACGAUAUAUUUAUGAUUUGUUCUAUAAACGAGAAGCUAUUUCACGAGAGCUUUACGAAUUUUGCCUCGCUGCCAAAAUCGCUGAUGCUCAGCUAAUCGCCAAAUGGAAGAAACAAGGCUAUGAAAAUCUUUGUUGCCUCAGAUGCGUUCAAACGAGGGAUACCAAUUUCGGAACGAACUGUAUUUGCCGAGUACCUAAAAGCAAACUCGAUGCGGAGAGAGUAAUUGAAUGUGUUCAUUGUGGCUGCCGAGGCUGUUCUGGUUGA